CACUAGCUCAUUACAUUACAGUGCAUCCAUUGUGCUCUACACUCUUCAUUGACGCCUAUCUUAUCCCACUCUUCCUUUGCUUCUACUCUCUCUCUCUCUCUCUCUCUAGAAUUCUCUCUCAUCUGGUUCUUGUUCAAGGACAAUACAUAAGGGGGGGUGGGGUUGGUUUGUUUUCCGCCAUUUUGUCGGUUAUUUUUCUUGGAAAGUUAGUACCCAUUUGAGAAAAAGCUGGAAUGGAAGGUGGGUCGAGUUCGAAAGCCCCAGAGAAGGCGAAAUCACAAAAGGGUCUGAAGCUUGGUUCGGUGCUUCCCAAGCUAGAUCCAUUUGUACCACGAAAAGGUCACGAUCCGAGGGAGUUGAAAUCUUGGGCCAAAAGGACUGGUUUUGUCUCUAAUUUCUCUGGAGAGAGUGGUACUAGUGUAAGCCAGAGGGGUCAGAAUGACAAGAUUGACAGUACCGAGUUUGAUUUGGAGAGAGGUCUUGAUAAAAACGGGUCGUCCUCCCCAAAGAUCGAAAUUGAUCCAGUUCUGGGGCGGACUAGGAAUAGAGGAAUUGAAAUCGAACCAGUUUUGGGGUCUGGGCAUGGAUUGCACAAAAAUGGAAGUGAUGGUGCUUUGGGGUUGAGAGGCGAGAAUCAGAGGAGGAGACUUGGUGAGGAGCCUGGUUUGGAGGCUAAAGAUGAAGAGAGAAUGGUUGGUUUCCACGCCAAUGGGGUUGUAAAUGAUAAUGGGCAUCAAGUUCCGGCUACUACUACUACUAAUGUGGCUGAGCCAAAGAAAGACAGUGGAAUUGUGGAAAGUGAUGUGGGAAUUGAAGUGUACCCAGAAGGUGAAGAACCUGGUCAUGGAGGAUGGAGUUCGUCGUCUACAAUGAAGUUUAGGCCGAGAGAAAAUCCGGGUUUAGUACCACUUAUAUAUUACAGUUUGCAGCACUAUUUAUCAUUGGCUGGUUCCCUUAUUUUCAUCCCCUUGAUCAUUGUACCUGCCAUGGGAGGUACUGAUAAGGACACUGCUACUGUAAUUUCCACAAUGCUGUUGGUGUCUGGCAUUACCACAAUACUGCACUCAUACUUUGGUACACGGCUUCCGCUUGUUCAGGGGAGUUCAUUUGUGUAUUUGGCACCAGCAUUAGUCAUCAUGAACUCUGAGGAGUUUCGAAAUCUUACUGAGCAUAAAUUUAGGCACAUAAUGAGGGAACUACAAGGGGCUAUAAUUGUCGGUUCAAUUUUCCACAGCAUCUUGGGAUUUAGUGGUUUAAUGUCUCUUUUUGUAAGGUUGAUAAACCCGGUUGUGGUUGCACCCACAGUUGCUGCAGUGGGCUUAGCAUUUUUCAGCUAUGGUUUUCCUCAAGCUGGUAGUUGUGUGGAAAUCAGCCUUCCCCAGAUACUAUUGGUUCUUAUUUUCACCUUAUACCUUCGAGGGAUAUCUAUUUCUGGACACCGAAUAUUUCAAAUUUAUGCGGUCCCCUUGAGUGUUAUUAUUAUAUGGGCAUAUGCAUUCUUCUUGACAGCUGGUGGGGCAUACAAUUACAAGGGCUGCAGUCCCGACAUACCCAGUUCCAACAUCUUAAUUGAUGCUUGCAGAAAGCAUGCAUAUACGAUGAAGCAUUGUAGGACCGAUGUUUCGAAUGCCAUGAGAACUGCGGCAUGGGUCAGAAUCCCAUAUCCUAUGCAGUGGGGUGCCCCCAUCUUCCGUUUGAGGACUUCAUUUAUCAUGAUCAUUGUGUCACUGGUUGCAUCGGUUGAUUCGGUUGGGACCUAUCACACUACAUCCAUGCGAAUUAAUUCAAAAGCUCCUACCCCAGGUAUUGUCAGUAGAGGAAUUGGAAUGGAAGGUUUCUGCAGUGCACUGGCUGGACUUUGGGGCACAGGUACUGGUUCAACAACCUUGACUGAAAAUGUGCACACCAUCAAUGUAACAAAAGUAGCAAGUCGAAGGGUCGUGGAAAUCGGAGCAGCUUUCUUGAUCUUCUUCUCAUUCAUAGGGAAAGUGGGUGCCAUCCUUGCUUCUAUUCCACAAGCAUUGGCUGCUGCCAUUCUUUGCUUUAUUUGGGCUCUGAUUGUGGCAUUGGGUCUCUCAACGCUGCAGUAUUGUCAAACAGGGAGUUUUCGAAACAUGACAAUAGUUGGUGUUUCACUCUUCCUUGGUUUGUCCAUUCCCGCAUAUUUUCAACAAUAUCAACCUGACACCAGCAUGAUCCUUCCCAGCUAUUUUGUUCCUUACGCAGCAGCAUCAAAUGGACCAAUCAACAUUGGCAGUAAACAACUUGAUUUUGCAAUGAACGGACUUCUGUCAUUGAACAUGGUGGUGACACUAUUGGUGGCAUUUGUACUAGACAACACCGUCCCAGGUAGCCGGCAAGAACGGGGGGUGUACAUUUGGUCGAGUGCUGAGGACAUAUCCAUGGAUCCAUCGUUGCUUUCAGAUUAUAGUUUGCCAAAACGAGUCGCUCGUUUUUUCCAGUGGGCAAGAUGUUUAAGCUAAUGACAUUUGGAUAGAGCUGCUGAUGCAUGAAAGAUUUGAGGAUUUGCUUUGUUUAGAGGCCCCACUGGGUUGUGGCACGGUAACUUGGAAGCAGUGCAGCUCAAUUUAGCUGAUAGAUACAUAUAGAUGAUAUUCUUAUUAUUACAAUUUUUUAUUUUGUUUAUUUUGGUUUUGUUAAUAAAUUUGAUGAAUCAUUAUAUAUGCUGUCAUUGUCAUUUGUAAGUGAAACAAAACAUGGGUGAUCCCAAAUUGUAUCAAUAUUCAUUGCAUCCUUAACAGGAAAGAUAGGUUGGUGUUUUUGAAUUUCUA